UCGGCCUCCAAGAAAAGGAAUGGCACCUGGUUGACAUUGGUUGAAUAAGGAAUGAAUGACAAAAAUAAUUAGCUUAAAUAUGAACAAGAUAAUUGCAAAAAGUAAUACUUACCAAAAAGCGUUUAAACGGUUUCGGUCAAGUGUCAAGUCAAUCCUGUUUGAUGGAAACCACAGAAGGCAAACACGCAACCAGUUACAGAAAACGGUCAUCAGGGAAUUGACAUCGGAUCAGUACCCAAAAUUAUCAAGACAGCAAGUAUCAUGGUAUUUAAGAUACAACGAAUUUAGUAGUGGGGACUUGAAUGAUGGUGUUGUUAAGAGUUACAUGACAAAUCAACUUGCAGCAAACAAUCCUAUAGAAGAUAGAGCAGCGGAGGUGAGGCUCCAUAUUGAUCCAGAUGCAUCCACAAACAAAUAUAUUUUUGGAGUUAUUGAUGGACAUGGAGGACCUGCUUGUGCUCAAGUGGUUAGUGAACGGCUUUUCAGCUAUAUUGCUGUUAUGCUUUCACCAUUGUCUUUUCUGAAAGGAAUUAUUGUUGAGGACAUAGAUCCAUGUGUUGGCUUAACUUCACGAUUUACAAGAAAAGACUACUACCAUAGCACAGAUAUGGAAGAAAUGUACAGGGUUGCAUUACAAAAACUUGCCCAUGAUCAGCUUAUUGCUCCAAGUGAUGAAUGCACAGUAGAAGACAUACUGAAAGGUGCUUUCAUGCGCCUUGAUCAUGACAUUCUUGCAGAUGCCAUUCCAAAAGAAGGUUCUGCUGAUUUAAUCAAUCAUGAAACACUUUCCCUUGCUUUUACUGGGGCAUGUGCAAACAUUGCUUAUAUCGAUGGAACAGAUGUUUAUGUUGCAAAUACAGGUGACUGCAAGGCCAUUAUUGGACAACACAUUGAUGAUGAAACUUGGAUGCCUGUAUUCCUAUCAAAUGAGCAUGAUGCCAAUAAUGAUGAUGAACUAGAUAGAAUUUAUGGGCGUCAUCCUGGUGAGAAACAGACAGUUAUCAAGAACAGUCGUCUUCUUGGUGAUCUUGCUCCAUUGAGAGCAUUUGGAGAUGCGAGGUACAAGUGGCCUGCAAGGAUUAUGAAACAUGUUCUCAAUGUUUGUAACCCAAAUGUAAUUAGUGUAUAUGGGGAGAACCUGAUACCUCAGAAUUAUCAAAGUCCACCAUAUUUGACUGCUGAGCCAGACGUUAUGCAUUAUUCACUGACACCUAGAGAUAAAUUCAUGGUGAUUGCAUCAGAUGGUUUGUGGGAGAAUCUAGGGCCACAGCAAGUGAUAGAUCUAGUUGCAGCUCACAUGGAUGAAAGGCAGAUUCUGACAGAAUUUGUUUUACCGAGAGAGAAUGCGACAUUGAGAGAAAUCAAUGACAUUCUUAAGAUAAGGAAAAGAAAACUUGCAAAGAAACCUGAAGAUGAAAAUGUUGCCACUCAUCUAUUGAGAAUGGCACUCGGACCGAAUCACACCAUUUUAUCGCAGCAUUUAACUCUACCAGAAAAUCUUGUUAGGCAUUAUAGAGAUGAUAUCACCAUAACUGUUGUAUACUUUGAUACAGAUUUUGUUGCUAAGAAAACAACAUAAUUUUAGUAAUUUGUUUGAAAUGUUUUGACCAGCUGCUGUGAAAAAAAGUGAACAGUGGUCAAAAAAGCAGAAUCCUGCAAGCCCUGUACUAGUGAAAUGGUUUUCGGGCUGGCUCAAAAUCUUGAUUUUAUAUAGGGCUAUAAAAUGAUGCCAAGCACUAGUGUAAGCAUUUGGGUUUAAUUGCCCGGUAAUUUCGAUGACCGAAUGAAUAACACUUUGUAAUGAUGUCAUGUAUACAUGGGUGAAAGUUUUCCGUAUUAAUACGGAAUUCCGUAUUUUCGGUCUUCUCAGGGGUCAUUUUUCUAAAUCGUGUAAAUCCGGGGAGUUUUUCGAGGGGGGAGGGGGAGGGUACCCCAUCAUCAACAUCGCGAUCUACUCAAAAUCGUAGAUAAAACGAAGUUAAAUUUUCUGGUUUCCCAAUUUCGUUCUAUAAAUAGCGUUGCCAUAAGCGGUAAAAUUCUGUCGGCGAUAUCAGCCGAACGUUUUCGUAAAUAGUCGUUUCUUUUCGUAAAAAAGCAUCGUCAUUCCAAUGUUCUCCGAAUAACCUCGGCAGUUUCCACGCCAACAAAAACUUCGAUGGCGGAAAAAGCCGGUUUUUGCCGAAUAUACGAUCAGUAUCAUUUACGACAUACCGCAAAUUGGAGGCAAAAAUAAACAAUGAAAUAAAUCGAAAUACUGCUGUCAAAAUUGAACAAUGAAGUUUGUACCCCCAGGGUAUAAUACGAAAGAGCUUGAACAGCCUGCGAAAAACAAAUGGAGGUGGCAAAGGCUGUCAAAAGUCGAUUCGAAGGGUGUGAAAUGGUCCGAUUGGUAACUUGAUAAAAAUACAAAACACUAUUCAAUAUAAAUCUUUAAUUGUAUUCUGUUUUUCAUUUUUUAACUUUUAUUGAAUGAGUUUCAGAGUUAAAUGAAUUCUUGAUUAAUGAGCAAGAAUUGAAGUAUUGAGGGAUGUUUCUGUCAGGGGCCUUAUGUAGUCAUUCUAAAAUGCCGUCCAGGCUUCUUUUUUUUAAUGAUGGUUAGCCUGGUCCAGGCUAACCAUCAUUAAAAAAAAGAAGCCUGGACGGCAUUUAAGAAUGACUAGGGCCUUAUGUACAUAUAUGUUGACAAAAGCUGCCAGAAAUAUUAUAAAUAUACAGCAUAUAUUUGAUUGAUUAAAAGACAGGAAAGGCUUUGAAAUGUGUUUUAAAAUGCUUAAUUCCGGGAGCCUCCGGCCCCCUGAACCCCCGGCCAGGGCUUUGCCCUGGACCCACCAGGGGCCCUGCGGCCCCCUGGCCCCCAGCUUAAUUUUUCAGUAUUUUGAAAAUUUGCAACUUUCACCCAUGUGUAUAAAUUGUGUUAUUAUAUAUAAUAUAGCUAGCUACAUCAGUAACUGCUUGGCUGAAAUAGGCAUUGUUUUAUUUGUUACCAUGAUUGGAUGUUUAUGAAUUUUAAUGCGUGAAUAUACUUGUUUAUAUUCAAAAUUCUUUUUUCUGAAUUCUUAAUGAAAACAACACUAAAAAAGUAUUCCGGGUUAUAUACUUAAUAUAUAGGUGUGUUAUAUGAUGAGUAGAAUGUUUAACUUGUAGAGAGACUGCUUUAUUUUCAUUAACAAAGUACAUCAUCUUCUUAACCAAAUGAACAUGUAUCAACCCAAACAUUGUGAAUUAACAGGUAAAACAAAUUAUGUAAUAACAGUAGUAUAUAUACAUGAUCAAAUAAGGUGAGGUUUAACAGAAGGAACGUUAAAUUUUCACAUUCUGUAAUAAGAUAUAUCAAAUAAUAUUCAAUUAUGAUCAGUAGUUAUGAACAAAUGCAAAUGAAAUGGAAUUCAUCUUCGAUAUCUGUUGCAUGACCAAAUAAACAGUACCUUUCAUCCAGUUCAAUAUGAUCACGGUUAUAUCUAUCUGUUUCAAGACAAACUGAUUGGACAGGUUUUUUCCCUAUAUUUGUAAAUAAUAAAACUUCUUGUAUUGUGGAAAAUAACCAAGAUUGAAGAAAUACAAAAGCUUUAAAUAAACUAUUGGUCAUUAUAUCUAGAUAUGUUAGCUGUCAUGUUUGUCAAACUAACAUUUUACUUAAUGUAUUAAAAGAUUUUUAAUUUGAAGUGUUCAUGCAGAGACCAAAUGGUCACAGACGUGCACUCAUUUCAAUGUUACCUUUAAAUUUGUGUUCCACUGUUUACUGUGCUGUAUCCUAUGUUAAAUAUUAAUUGUUUUAGUGGAAGAUGGGUCUGUUGUAAAUCCCAGUUUAAAGCUGCACUCUCACAGAUUUACCGUUUUUACAAUUUUUUCAUUUUUUGUCUUGAAAAGAGCAAAUUUUUGUGUAAAUAUCUGCAAACCAAUGAUAAAAGAUUGCUGACAAAAGAUCAGAUGGCAGAUUUGCAUAUUUCCGUUUGAAAAUCAAUGUUUUAUGGCUUAAACCGUGACUAACAGUUUAAGAAAAAUGCAUAAAACAUUAUUUUUUUAUUUUAAAUAUAUAACUCUGCAAUCUAAUUUUUUUUGUCAGCAGUUUUAUAUCAGUGGUUUCCAUGGAUUUUCGCCAAAAUUGGCUCUUUCAAGACACACAAAAAAAGCUGACAAAACCUUCAAUCUGUGAGAGUGCAGCUUUAAAGGUUUUCCAUCCAUUAUUAAGUUGUGUUUUUCGAAGUCCUAUUGAUUGUUAUAUUGAAUGUUAGUGUAUAUGUAUAGUACUCCCAUGGUUUCAUUUGAUGCAUAGUAGCCCUAUGGUUUCAUUUGAUGCAAAGUAGCCCCAUGGUUUCAUUUGAUGCAUAGUAGCCCUAUGGUUUCAUUUGAUGCAUAGUAGCCCUAUGGUUUCGUUUGAUGCAAAGUAGCCCCAUGGUUUUAUUUGAUGCAAAGUAGCCCCAUGGUUUCAUUUGAUGCAUAGUAGCCCUAUGGUUUCAUUUGAUGCAUAGUAGCCCUAUGGUUUCAUUUGAUGCAAAGUAGCCCCAUGGUUUCAUUUGAUGCAAAGUAGCCCCAUGGUUUUAUUUGAUGCAAAGUAGCCCCAUGGUUUCAUUUGAUGCAUAGUAGCCCUAUGGUUUCAUUUGAUGCAAAGUAGCCCCAUGGUUUCAUUUGAUGCAAAGUAGCCCCAUGGUUUCAUUUGAUGCAUAGUAGCCCUAUGGUUUCAUUUGAUGCAUUUUUAGUAACCCCAUGGUUUCAUUUGAUGCAAAGUAGCCCCAUGGUUUCAUUUGAUGCAUUUUUAGUAGCCCCAUGGUUUCAUUUGAUGCAUUUUUAGUAGCCCGAUGGUUUCCUUUGAUACAUUUUUAGUAGCCCCAUGGUUUCAUUUGAUGCAAAGUAACCCCAGUUAUUUCCUGGAUGUAUUUUUAUGGUUUGGGACCCCCAUUUCAAAUCUGCUGUUUAUUCCUGUGACCCCUAAAAUAAACUUGAACCAAGUAUUGACCAGGGUCAAGUAUUAGGAUGUUUUAAGAAUAUCAGAGACCCCUAUUUCGUCAUUCUCAUUCACCAGAGUGAUGAUGUAAUGCAUACCAUAAGUGAGUUGGAUUUAUAAAUAUCAAAUCUCUGAUAAAUGAGAAUGCAUAAACCAUAAAGGUUCCAGGUUGCCACUCAGAAAAUUCCAUGGUAAAACUCUGGUCUAAUUGGUUAGAUUUUGCAUUAUAAAAAGUUGAUAUUUGUGUAACAGUUGUUUGUUACCAAUUUUGAGCUAUAUCGUACCAAGGCAAAAAAUAAUCAUUGUUAGGUCUACUAUUUAAAAGAUUAUGGAGAGCUAAACUACUCACCCUAGUGUAGGCAUCACAGCUUGAUUUCGCAUAUAAGCACCUUCUAAGUCAUUGUUUCAGCAAAACAUGUUUUACAUUGAAAUAUUAUAUAUAUCUUCCCAACUAUUAAACCUACUAACUAAAUGAAGUAAAGAUAACACUAUUUUGAAUAUAAUGCAAAUUAUGGGCCUUCAAUAUUGGACAGAAAUUCUGGUUAUGGUUUUGCAAUUUGUAACCAGGUUUAAGCCAAUAUCUCAGAAAAUACAUCAUGUAUUGCAUUGAAACUUUAUACAAGGGCUUUCAACCACCCAACCAUAAACUCUAUCUUGCAUGUUAUAUCAAUUUUCCCUCAUUAUAAUUCAACUUAGAAACUAUGGUAAUGGUUUUGCAUGUAAGCACAAACCAUAGAAAUCAAUUUAACUUGUCAACUACUUGAUGGAUUGGAUUGAAACCUUAUAAAAUCAAGUAUGAUAAGUCUAUCUUGCAUAUAAUGCCCCUUUAUUAUUUGACUUCUGGUUAAUUCUGGUUGUGAUUUUGCAUGUUAACUAAUUUUACAGUUAUCCAUACAUGUUUUACCAAAACUUUGCAAUCUUUAAAGUUAAAAGUGGCGUAAUAGUCAAGUGUGUUUUCCAUGUAACAACUCGUUUGUUAAAUAAUAAGACAAAACUUCAGUGCCCUUGAGUUGCUCUUGAACCCUCAAGAAUCCAAUUUAGAUACUUUUCUCAGAAAAGGAGAGCCAGUUACGGACUCCUGCACAUGCAAAUUUCAGUAGUUAAAAUGAAAAUUUUGGAGUUUUUGCGGAGUGUGGACAAGACAUUAUAAAUUUAAAUUGUAGUAUUAUUUGAAUAAAAGAAAAGUCGUUUGUGAGUUUUAUAUAUUAAGAAAAACAAUUGUUUUAGAAUAUACAAAAAUGCCUGGUAGCUGAGUAAGAAAAUUGCACAAGUACUUAAUCAAAUUUUGCAAGUCUAGAUUGUUCUUCGAACAGACUCCUGGCUAUUUCACAGACUGCCAAUUAAUAUGGGGUAGCCAAGUAUCCUUUUAGAGGAGGGAAUACCUUAAUUGUUGAAGUAUAUAAAAAAUAUGUGCUCAAUUUUCACAGAAAAACAUCUGCAGAACUUUUAAUUAGUUUCUUGGGCCUAAAGAAGCAAACCUACGUUGAAAGCUGCACUCUCACAACUUUUUUUAUUUUUUAUCUUGGAAAGAGCAAAUGUUUCAGUAUAUAACUGUAAACCAUUGAUAUAAGGUUGCUGACCAAAAAAUCAGAUCGUAGAUUUUCAUAUUUUUGUUCAAAAAUUAUGUUUUAUGGCUUAAACCGUUACUAACGCAUAAUGCAUAAAACAUCAAUUUUUGAAUUUAAAUAUAAAAAUCGGCAAUCUAGUUUUUUGUCAGCGACCUUAUAUAACUGGUUUCCAUGGAUUUUCACAAAAAAAUAGCUCGUUCCAAGACAAAACAAAAAAAAGUUGUCAAAGCGUUCAACCUGUGAGAGUGCAGCUUUAAGGCCUACCUAACAAAACCCAUCAGUCCUAGACAUUUUUUUCGACUCUAGAUAAAAACAUAUAUCAGAUUUUCUGAUUUUAAGCACUUUUGGCCAAUGGCAAGAAGAGCUGCUGCGAUGGUGCAGUGUCUGACGUCCAUAAACAACUUUGCUUAAUAUGACUGUGAUAGUCUUCAGUUUUGAUUGCAUCUCAAGUAGUUAGAUAUCCAUGAAAGCUUGGUAGCUUUUUAAAACCAGCCAGAUCGACCACUCAUCCAUGACUGGAUAAUGGCCCUUGAAAUGAUAAAGCCCUAUCAAAAUUAUACUCUUAAGAAAGACAACUUGUACAGGUUUUGGUAUUUUGUAGUGUUACCCAUCCUUUGCCAUGUGUUACAAAAAGCUGGAAAAUAUGGUUCACUGAUUGCUUUCCUUUGAAUCUGUGUUCAGAGUAUUGCCCAUUACUAGAAUGUACAUGCUUAAGUAAAGCAUAGGCCCUUGUGGGCCUCUUGUUAGUUGUAAUUGACCAUUUGUGUCCAUUACUAUUGAAAAAAUGAAGUAUUAAACAUUUCAUACACAAUAUACUGAAAUGUCAUGGUAAGCAUUUGCCAAUUGCUUUGCUGUUUUGACGAAACAUAAACAUCAAACACUUUUUCCUUACUCUUAGUAACCUAGCACUUUUGAGACUGUCGCUCUAAAAUAAAUGAAGCCUUUAUUUACACAGUAUGAAAGCUUAAAUGACCAUGACAGUAGUAAUAAAAAGAACAAUUCAUUUCAUCAUUCUGGUUCUUGGAAAAUACAAUGUUAUGUUGUAAAAUGUAUGCAGUUAUUGAAUCUCUGAUGUGCCAGUUAAUCACUUUUCUGCAUUUUAUUGUGUGAUCAAGUGAAUAAUAAAAUACUCUCACUAAUU